AUGGUGGCAAUCAAGGUCUCAGAAAUCUCUCUCGCAAAGAUUCGAGGUUAUCGCGAAUUUUUCUUCAACCAUUGCCUUUCGCUCCCCAGCCACCGACCUUUUUUCUCAAUUGAAACACCAGAAUCAUGGGUUUCCGAGGAUGCGCUGGCUCUCUACCUGGAUAUCACGAAGGAUGGCCAUGUCGACGUCGAAGAACCGAGCCAAAAUGAGCUAUCCCAGCUGCCUCUACAGUCCUUGAAACAAUUUCGCCGUUUUAUGCUCACCCCGACAAUGGAAGACGAGGCGUAUUUCUCUUUAGAUAGGGCAGAGGACUGGUUUCGCGACCAGGCAUUCAUUGCAUGGAUAAAUCACAUUGGGGCAGCAGAAUCAGCGGGCUCUGGGAGCCAAGGGAGAGGGAGGCAAACAUUCCGAGACCAAGCAGCAUCUCGCCAGCGUUUGGCGUCCUCAAACUCAUCGUCUCGCGCCUCCAUCGUAUCGGGUUACAGUGGAAGGUCCCGUUCACAUUCCAUGGCCUCGGAUACGUCGUCAUCCCCACACUACCCUCCUGCCUCCACACCUGCACUCUCUUCGGAAUCGGAGCUCGACUGGGGAGGGGACAAGGAUGAUAUUAUCGACGUCGAUGCAAUCAAAUCUGAAGACGAGGAGCUCGCUGUCCCUAAAGCCAAACCAAGUGCCCGGAACUGGAGAUAUAAUCCGCGAAACCAGACACGUCCCUUUCUCAAGCUUGAGGACGACUCCGAUGCUGACUCUCGACCUAUCAAACGCCCCCGCAAGUUUUCCUCGCCUUCGCCGGCUCUCAGAGGCACUGACAGUGACUCCGAAAUCGAAGUGGUUUCUGAACCCGUCCGAUUGACUAAAAAGAAAGUCGUUGACCGGCUAGAGGUUGUCUCCAAGGCGCAGGACACCUGGACUGUUCCUCGCGAAAAUGUGGCGUACCAUCUAAAGCUCGACGAUGCCGAACUUCCAGUGAAGCCCGGCGGCAAGCCCAUGACUAUCGAUGGCUAUAUACGUUCAGAGGACCAGGAUUCUUGGUCUGGCUCCACAGGACGCACGAGCGGCGACGUAUGGGUGACUGGCAUCGCUGAUGACCCCAAAGAAGCGAUCCAUUGUCGCCGAGUCGACCUUCAGUGCAAUGGCGUCAAGGUCUGCAGCUAUUUCGACGAGACGUUGCUGGACAAUUGCGAGCGAUACGAACCUGAUGAAGAGGAGACCCAGGCGUUAUGGGAGGAGGAGCUUUCUGCAAAUGAGAACGAAAGUAAGGCCCAUGCCGCUCUCCUGACUCGGAUGCUUGAAAGGGCGAAGUGCCCUAGGAGUGGAUGUGAAGGUCGGGUACAUAUGAGACCUUUACGGAACCCGCCGUCUCGUGAAGGAAAGAAGAAUCUGAUUGGAUGCACGGGAUGGCGAAGGAAUGAGGAGGAUCAUUUGUACUUCAGCAUCCCCGGUUACAUUGACGAGGAUGCUCUACGUUACAUGAUGGAAAAUAACGGAGCCUUCCCCCCUGGAUACGAGAAGGGGAAGGGAAAGAUCAAUCUUCAUACCAGAUGUGUUCUUGCAGUCCACCCCCGCACAAAACUUGUGGACUGUCCCUUCUCCCAUAUCAUCGAGUCAACCGCGAAAACUGAUCAGAAACUAGUCUCUCGCGCAUGUCCUACCGUGAUGACCGUCUAUGUCCCCCUUGAUCGCUACAAGCUUCAGAGAGCAAUUAUCCUGGUCCAAAAUCCGCAUAACCAUCCGGCAUUCCCCAAAGCGAAGCCAAGCAACGCCGAAAAGGCGUUCUUGAACACAGUUGUCGCGAAGCUCGGCUCUGCUGGCCUGACACGGACGAAGCUGCUAAAAGCAUCGCUUACAACUGAAAUGUGUGGUGGAGUGAGUCUGGUGGAAAUGAUUCCUGCGUACUCGGACAAGCGGCGUCUUAGGGAUAGUGUCCGUGACAUUCAACGGAAGGACUUUAAGGGAGGUGUCGAUUUCAAUGGCAAGUAUACUGUCUACUUUAAUCGUUCUCCGUCCACUAAUCAAGAGAUUUCAGGGGUCAUGUACGAGUACAACGAGAAGGAAGUCCUCCUUCCAACAGGCCAGCGUUAUAUCCACUCAGUUGUGGGCCAGAGCGAGUUUAAACUCGUUGUGACAAUGCUCCAGUCGCUUGUGAAGGACAUACACAAGGCGAACAGCCUUGAAAUGGACUUCUCGUUCAAACGUGUCUAUGGCGAGAUGAAUGAAUGGGAUGUGGCUGGAUUUCUUCCUGAUCGAAAUAAGCGAGUUACAUUUGCCCAUUUGUAUUGCAACCGGGCGACAAAGGAAGCAUUCACGACCCUUUUCAACGAGCUUUGGAGGGUAAUACGCGAAGUUACCGGAUCUGUUUUGAAGUUCAAAGUCUUCUUCCCCGAGGAUCCCGCCGCUCUCCUCCUCUGUAUCCGCCUUGAUGCAGAAGCACCCCAAGCUCAAGGUCUUGCGGCAAGUCUUGUCACCUACCAAGCCUUGUACGUGAAAGAACCCCCGAAGGACCUCCCGAAGGACCCUAUGGACCUCCUUCUUCAUGUUCUGAAGAUUUGCUACGUUCAUUUCGAGCGAAACAUCUCGAAGCUAGAGGCAGAACUGACACACGAUGAGCUCCAGCGACUGAAGGGGUUCAAAGGUUUGUCGUCACAGCAGGAGAUUGACGAUUGGCAUACCUUCGCUAGUGGGCUUAGUGGUGCUCGUUCGAAAGCAUGGUAUCAGCACAAGAAAGCGCACCCGUGGAUCCUGCCUGCCUGUAACAAGUUUUUAUCACCAAUCAACGACGAGGAUUGGGACCUCACUCCCACAAACACGAACCUUGUAGAAGGUGGUCACGCAGAGGUCAACAGGGAAACGGAUACGGGACUUCCACUUUUGUUGGCUAUUCGAAGUGCGCAGGAAUACGACAGGAAGGUUGCGCACAACAUGGAGCUCUCACGUAAGAACGCAAUCUCAGAGAAUCGAUGGAAUACAGCAAAGCACCGCGAAGCAGCAAACAUCGCCCGACGAAAAAGCCAGCACAAGAAACUCACGACAAAGAACGCACAUCUCCAGGAGUACUUCGACUUACAGGAACGCCUGCAUGCGCUUAAUUUGCAGAGGACGGAAUCACUCGAACGCUCGAAGGCUUUGGAGGGCAAUAUUUCAUUACUGGACACGGAAUACAAUGCUGGGGGCGAUCAGGGGGUGAAGGAGAAGAUUAAGCUUCGCAAGAAGGACCUGGCACACGAGCUGGACAAGCGACGCGUAAUCCGAGGCGACAGCGACCGUAUUAGGACCCAGAUGGAAGCCCUGAAGACUGGUCCCCUGCAAAAUAUACAUAUACCGAAGGAGCGCCCAGAUCGUAAUCGUGAUGGUCAUGUGGGUGGACAGUCUGGAGAGGAAGGCGAACACUCAGGCAGUGCUGUUCAUCGUGCAGGGCAGGCCAACGCUAGUCAUACCUUGUUACCUGCCGCCGUAGCAAACCUACAAACCCACCCUGAUGACGACACUGAUAGCUCCUCUCAGACUCAAUCGAUUACCGUUCAUCCUAUGGACAUUCCGGACGGCCUAGGCGAGAUUGAUAUGGACGGCGAGGGUGGUAUGGUUGGUUUCGAUAAUAGGAUCGGUCAGUCCAGCGCUUCUGGUCUGGAUCUUCUCAGUACGUCGUCCUUUGAGGACCCAUUCCUCCAGUUCGACUUCAGCACCUUCGACACCUUCCUUCACGACCUGAACGCCAAUCCCCCCGAAAUUCCACCAAACAUCUAUAGUCCUCCAACAGAUCUAUUAUCCAGGCCCGUAAGCUCCGAUUUCGACGGGACAACAUACGCCUUACCUCCUCUACCUCCCUUUCCCCCUUCUUCACCCGUACCAUCGCUACUUCCACUACAUGAGCCCGGAUCUCAUGCCCAUGCAGUCCCUCCUCAAGACGACAGCCAUGUCAGUGCUACCCACCCGGUCCAGUCCAGUCUCGAUCCCUCUGGCAGCCUGGAGCAUCAGCCAAAGAAACGCAAGCGCAAGCUACAAAAUAUCGGUCCUGUCCGCCAAAGUAACCGUGCAAGAAAGCAGGUCGACUUUUCAGUCAAGCUGGUCGCCGACGGAAAGGCUUCGCCGAAAGGUGAUAAUCGUCGCAGACCUCGGUGGGAGGAAGUGCCGAGCGAUGAUGACCUUUGA